AAGUUUCUUCAAACAUCACUUGCCAAUCUUGUUUCAAAUUUAUCAAAAGAAGAUUUUCAUAAUACAAAACAUGUAUUCAAGAAAAAUGUAGAAUUACUAACUCGUAAGGGAGUUUAUCCUUAUGAUUAUGUUUCAUCACUUGAUAAAUUAUCAGAAACAUGUUUACCACCCAAAGAAGAAUUCUACUCCCAACUUAAUGACGAAGAUAUUAGUGAGGAAGAUUACCAACAUGCAAUUAAAGUCUGGAAUACAUUUGAAUGUAAAACAAUAAGAGAUUAUCACAAUCUUUACCUAAAAUCUGAUGUAUUACUUCUAGCAGAUGUAUUUGAAAACUUUAGGAAAACUUGUCUCAAACAUUACAAACUUGAUCCAGUUCACUAUUACACAUCUCCAGGUCUAGCUUGGGAUGCAUGUCUAAAAGAAACAGGACAACAUCUACAACUACUAAGUGAUUAUGAUAUGUUAAUGAUGUUUGAG